CCGGGAAACCAGCUGAGCUGAGCAAGCAGCAUCCCGUCCGGCCGGGUUUGAGUUCGUUUCGUUCAAAACAGGCGGGCUAUUUGUCUCGGCGCCCACAGGGAAUCCCGAUGCCGCGCGGAGGCUGAAACGCAUGCAUAUGCAUGCCAGCCCGCGCCUCCCACCCGGCGCUUGCCACCUUGCGCCCGCCCGGUUGGCCGCGCCUGCGCGCCCCCGGCCUCGGCCUCGCCCCGACGGGGGGGCGUUGGCGUUGCCUCCUCCCCCACCUGCACCCCAUUUCAGAGCCCGCUCGCCACUUGUCACCGCGCGCGCCCCGCCUCCGCGUCUCCGCCCGCCCGCCCCAUCCGGCUAUAAAAGCCUCGCCCGCCCCAACCCUAGACGCCGUCGUCGUCGCCGCCGCCGCCGCCACUGCCGCUGCCGCUACCUCCUCGCUCACCGGCAUGGCCGGCAUCAACAAGCGCCGCACCUCGCCGGCCUCCACCUCCUCUUCCUCCGGCGGCGACGUCUUGCCGCAGCGGGUCACCCGGAAGCGUAGGUCCGUCCGCCGCGGGGCCCGGACCGCCGCCCGGAGGCCGUCGUCGGCGCCUCGACCUAUAAAUGAACUGGACUUGAAUACAGCUGCUCUUGAUCCGGAUCAUUAUGCUACAGGAUUGAGAGUUCUUCUUCAGAAGGAGCUCCGAAAUAGCGAUGUAAGCCAGCUUGGGAGAAUUGUUCUCCCAAAGAAGGAGGCGGAGUCUUACCUCCCUAUUCUGAUGGCAAAGGAUGGAAAGAGUUUAUGUAUGCAUGACUUGCUAAAUGCACAACUUUGGACCUUCAAGUAUAGAUAUUGGUUCAACAACAAAAGCAGGAUGUAUGUGCUUGAAAAUACUGGAGAUUAUGUAAAAGCUCAUGACCUUCAGCAAGGAGACUUCAUUGUGAUAUACAAAGACGACGAGAACAACCGCUUUGUCAUAGGAGCAAAGAAGGCAGGAGAUGAACAGACUGCCACUGUGCCCCAAGUCCAUGAGCAUAUACACAUCUCUGCCGCACUGCCAGCUCCACAAGCGUUCCAUGACUAUGCAGGCCCCGUUGCGGCAGAAGCUGAUAUGCUCGCGAUCGUGCCACAAGCUGAUGAGAUAUUCGACGGCAUACUGAACUCCCUGCCAGAAAUACCAGUAGCGAACGUCAGGUACUCCGACUUCUUCGACCCGUUCGGUGACUCCAUGGACAUGGCAAAUCCCCUGAGCUCCAAUAACCCCUCGGUCAACCUGGCCACACAUUUCCAUGACGAGAAGAUCGGGAGCUGUUCGUUCCCCUACCCAAAAUCCGGGCCUCUGAUGUGAGAUCCAGGCAGAAAAGCAAUCUGCUGGGUCAAACCAUCCAUUCCCCCCUGCAUGGAACUCAGAGAUCCCCUCCUUGACGCCAUUGCUGUACAUCCAAAUAAUUGGCGUCCUCAUUUUGUAUGUUUACUAGUAUAUGAUUGGGUAACCGUGUUGUUUAUGUGUAAAAGGGUAACUCUGCAAAACUGAACUGAACAUUUUACAUCAGAUGCAACGCUGCGACGAGGCUCUGGUGUUUCUCGCACCUCGUGAAUGUGCAGGUACAAUGGUAGUACAUAAACGAAAGAACAUCCUGUGCAUUGCCUUCU